CGGUCUGGGUCACCCGAGAGUCCCCGUAGCUGGUUGCUGGUUGCUGCCGCCUGUAAGUGCCCUGCGCUUGUGCAGCAGCAGCAGCAGCAGCAGCCGCCGCCGCCACCGCAACAGCACCUCCAGCUCCAUUGCUUUACUUUUCUGCAGCCCAAACAGGGGACAUUAUGCCGAAGAGAAAGUCUCCAGAGGGUGCCGAGGGCAAAGAUGCAGCUAAAGUAACUAAACAAGAGCCCACAAGACGGUCUGCAAGAUUGUCAGCUAAACCUGCACCACCAAAACCUGAACCAAAACCAAGAAAAACCACUAAGAAGGAACCCGGGGCAAAGGCUACCAAAGGCGCCAAAGGGAAGAAGGAUGAGAAGCAGGAAUCUGGAAAGGAAGGUACUACUACACCGUCUGAAAAUGGUGAAACUAAAGCUGAAGAGAUUCGCAUCUAUCGCUCAACUGUUAGUGUUUCAACAUCCCGAGGUGCCCCACCCAGCACACUGUCAGUAAAAGGGCAGAUUGAAACAGUGAAAGUUAAGGGUACGGUAGAGAAUGUCUGCCUGUGUGCAGUGGCUAGAAUCAGAUAGUAGUGUGCCGCUUUUCAUUAUGAACAGUGGAAGCUCGCAGGUAAGGAAGGCUGCUUGUGACAAGCUUUCUGAAAAGCAGAGCCCGAUAAAACACAGAAGUGUGUUUGUGGGUAUGUAUGCCUGUCUUGUCUGCGGAGCACCUACAAUGGACAUAGGCUUUGCAGUGGAGCUGCUUUAGGGAGGGAUGCUUUCAAAUCAAUCGAUUGAUCGAUCAAUAAAUCGAUAAAUAAUAAAGCCGGCAUUGUGUCAGUGGGGUGGCUUGUAACGUCUUGGGGGGGUUCCGAGUCUGGUUAAUAACGGCCUUCUUCUCUUUUUCGUUUUUUGUUUUGUUUUUUUUUUCUUUCCAUAGGCACGGAAAACUGAAUCUGUAGGUGACAAGGGAGAAUGAAUUGUCACGGAAAUUGGGGGUGGAUUUUAUGUACCUCUCGGGACAACUUUUAAAAGAUAUUUUUAUCAAGUAUUUUGUAAAUGCUAAUUUUCUAGGACUAUGAUAGGCGGCAUAUUAAAAAAAUGUAUAUCGAUGAAUAUUUUCCCUUCUCAUAACAAUGCUUUUUUGGAAGCCCUCCUCGCCCCUCAUCACCUCCCCUGACACACACACAUCCUCCCCCCCCCCAAAGUAAUAUGAACAUCAGUUGAAUAUUGGAAGCCGUGUGUAAAAUUGGAUCAGCAUUCCACGCACUUGCUUUGAAAAUUAGUCCUGUGCAGACGGUGGUGUUUUUACUGUGCAUAUUUGAAUUUUUCAUGCAGUUUUUCUAGAGCAAUAAUCAGUGGUGCUUUUGUACUUAGGUUUUAUGUGAUUUUAAUGAAACAUGGAUACUUGUGGCCACCUGCUGACUAUUUUUGGUUCUUUUAAUGGUUUAAAAUAAAAGGUUUUCUUGCCUGCAAAA